CCUCCGAAACGAAUCAGAGUCUCCGAAGGAUCAUGCUGGCGUUGUAAAGACCGUCGAGUCCUAUGCGACGUGCAGAAGCCAGUAUGCACACGCUGUGAAGCUGCCGGUACCAAAUGCGAGUAUGGCGUACGCCUGAAAUGGGCAGGUGGAGUGGCUGCUCGAGGACGUUUUGCUGGCCAACUGGUACCUGUCAAGUCACCUACACCAACACCACAGAUCCAAACACCGUCGACACCUGAUGAUUGGCAGGUGUUGUAUUUCUCACGAGAAGUUCUUCCGAGAUUUAGCUUGAUGGAUAGCGGACUUGGAAUCGACCCAGCAUGGCUUGUAACUGACUCCUCUAUUCAUCAAGCGGUCAUUGCUGUCGCCAACGCCCAUCGCCUCUUCAAGAACCAUGCCGCCUGGAAGGAGACUUUAUCACACAUCAAGCAGGCACGUUUGACUGCUAUACGAUCACUACGAACGCGACUGCAGGAAUCUUUCGAUCUUUCCCACACUAUCACCUUUCCGUCUAGCGUACUGUUAUGCAUGCUCGACGGCAUCAUAGAGCCACAAGAUGAUGGCCUUGCAGCAGGCUUUCAUCUCCGUGGCGGUCGUGCCAUUCUCCAACACGGCAACCAUAUGAUGGAAGUAUCCUCAACCAAGUCUGGACCGAUAUCACUACUGCUGUCAGUCUACGCGGCGAUGGAUCUCACGUACGCAAUCUUGGGCGGUGAAGCACCACAUCUUGGUCCUGACGUCUGGCUUCAGCUUGCUGGCAGCGAGGCCUGGUGGACAGGCAUCAGCGACGACCAUGCCUUUGUUGACAUUAUGGCUCUACUCGCGCAACUAGCACAACUCGGUCACGAUGCACAUACCACUGGCUUCGUGGUCCCAAUACGAGAACUGCUAGAGAUCCAGCUUACGCUCGGAAGGACAGAGUUACGUCUUGAGAACUUGGCGCUCCCGUCAUCUUCAGGCGACGGGUGCCAAUCUAUCGAUGCCCUCACAAUUUUCUGUUCAGCAUAUCGUGCCACCGCUCGCAUCUAUAUGUACCGUGCUCUUUGCAAUCUCGACAUCUCGGAUGUGCUGGUACAGGAAAGCGUACAAGAAGGCGUAGAUGCACUUCAACAAGGACCCGAAAUUGGCAAAUUAGCACAUUGUCUACUCUUCCCCUGUCUGAUGAUUGGCGCUCAUUGCAUGAAUCCCGAUGCUCAACAGACUGUACUUAGCUCGCUGGAAAUUGCUGAUGAGUACCUCUCUUUUGGCUCAGUCAAGGUUAUGGAAGCAUUCUUGAAGGAUAUCUGG